AUGGAUCUCUUUGAUGUGAUCGCGUUCAUUUUCCAUGCAGUCGCCGGUAUUCUAGGACUCGCCUUCAACUGCAUCUUCAUCGCGUUGAUUGCAACAAAAACGACGCGUCUUUUGAAACCUUAUUGGUUCGUUGAUCCACUAAAACAUAACGCAAGUGUAAAAGGUCUGAGAAAUUCUCUCACGCUUAAAAUUUUGGUCAAGGAUCAGGUCUCAACUAAUUACCCUUGUUCUCAGAAAAAGGAAAAGGAUACAGCUUUGGGAGGGAAAAGUUGUCAAAGAAAGGUCUAAGAAAUACGAACUCAGUAAUGAGGUCUAAUUAAUAUUCUAUUUGGGGGGUUUUUUUUUUGGAAGUAUCAAAAAAGAAAAGCUUGCGGGAAUACAUAUUACUUAAAAAACGUGCCAAAAAGUGUAUUCAAAUGGAAAAUUAUUUUUGAAGGAUUCUCCUUUUCAACGUCGCCGUCACGGACCUGGUCCUUUGCACAUCACUGGGACUCAUAAUGACACGGUUAUUAUUUCACUUUAUUUUUAUAAAAAUUAGAAUUUAUUCAGGAUGGUGGUUAUUGGAGAUAGCCUAGCCUACAUUUUUCACGGCCCUUUUAAAUACAUUGGCCCCAAAACUUGCUUCAUAAGUAAAUUUUUAAAAAGUGACUUCUUUUGAAAGUUUCCAUUUUCAGCCCAUUGCAUCAUGCUUCAUGGUAUAAUCCACUGCAUUACCCUUACCAUAAUCUCCUUUGGAUACCGACUUUUUGUGCUGAAACAUCCAUCGCCGAGCUCUCGAACCCUUUGGAUUAUCAUAGCCCUUUGCUACUUUCCCACUUUUCUGAUGCUUGUCCGUUUUUCCUUUUUUAUCCGAUUAAAGGUGUGAAAAUCUUCAGGUAAUUGUCACCUACACACUGGAAACAGAUCCGGCUGUAAUCGAAAAUAUGGCAAAACAGAGAAACGACAUCGAUUGGGCAAGUGUAUCACACGUCUUCGUAAAGUCCUCCAUUACGACAGCUCAAGGAAGUGAGAAAAAAGAAAAGUUUUAAACCAUCAAACUCGUUAUCUAAAAAGCCCGAAAAGGUCUUAGAAAGAAAUUGGAGAGUUUCGAAAACUUCUUGUAGACGUGUUUUUGAGAUCUAUUCUUGUGAAAUUAAUAUAGUCUGUUUGUCGACACAUAAAAAUUUUCGCGUGUCUGCGUCUCUCUGAUCUCUCACCGGCGGGAUAAGAAACAUGAAAACAUGAGAUAGUCGUCGAGAGACGAGGAGGCCGCAAAGAAAUCCCGCCCUUCAAAAUUCAAGAAAUUCGGGAAGAGGAAUCUAGAAAGUUCUCGAAGUCUCAUAAACUCCAUCAUCACAGUUUGAAACAGUUUGAUUUUUCUGCGCUCUCCUGCUAUUUUCAAGCUAUCGGUCAGAGAAAAGAGAGCACAGAUUUGAACAAUAAAAAAGAAGUUACUUUCUCUUUUUGGCAUGUUAUUUUCCCGGUUCUCUGACCUCGCCAGACAGGAAGACGCAGACACUCUAAAACUUCGUUUUGUCGAAAAAGAAGUCCCCUCAGCUGUCUUUUGAUAAGUUCCGAUUCUCGGCAACGAGAGUCGAACCCGAGUAUUAGAAUUGAGUUCUAAGAGAGCUAGCCACUAAAACGUCAGCAUGGAAAACUACCUUUCCGGACGGACUGUCUAUAAUUUCCGAUAUUUAUUUCAGUAUGUACCACUUAUUCCUUCAUCAUCACAACCAUUGGCGUCUUCUCAGUCAUUUUCAUGAGACGGAAAGCGCAUUCGAUUCUGAAGAGAGCCGAUGAUUCUAUGAGCGCAACGACCAAAAGGAUUCACAAAACUCUGAUGAAGGUUCGUUUUUUGAAAAUUUAUUUACUCAAGUACUCACUCCGACCUCGGUUAUACAAACGACGGACUUUAUUAAGCAUUGCUAGUGAUAGUAGAGUCUACCACCCGCGCUCAAAGUAGAUAUUCUCUGAAAAAGGUGUUAUUUUGGCAUGAUAUUUAGAAAAUUUCCUUCUAGUGAUGAAUUUAGUAGCUUCUUGUUAAUCUUUUUCAGGCUCUAGCCAUUCAAGCCUCGCUUCCGCUUCUGAUGUACAUCGCAGAAGUCGCCUUCCUCUACCUGUACAUCCUCCAAGUCCAUUCGUCUCUAGUGGAGAACUUGGUUUUCCAGUUCUCAAUGCUUCCUCCAGUACUCUCCCCAAUAAUGUCCAUAUACUACGUUCAGCCCUAUCGGUUUGUCAACUCAAAAAAGUGCUGCAAUAGCAAAGUUUUUCAGACUAGGGUUGAGAGACUGGAUCGGAAGUUUGAGGAAUUUCGGUCGAAGGAGGGUUGAAAAUAUCGUUGCUGCCACGAAAUCAAGCUCCAGCGUGGUUAUCGGGACUUCUGAAACUUGGAGUUCAACACCUAUAUAAAAUAAAUUUCGGUUAUUAAUUAUGAAUUUUUGAUUGAUGUAAUAAUAAAGAACUUAUCCAUGCUUAGGUUUUGAAGACCCCAAUACGAACAGAUGCAAGUCGUUUCGUGGUCGGGCGCGCUCUCAAAGUGAACAAAAGCUCAAAAAUUAGUUUUAGUCUGAACUAAACACGUUGCAAAGCUGUACUCUCAUGGUUGAGUUCACAUUAAUCUUUCGAAAAUUUAUUUUUAGGUUGAUAACUUGUUUUUUGGCAUAGAAAUGGCAUAGGAGCACCUAGCAUAGAAUUUCGUUUCCGUAUCAAAGUUCGAAAAAAAGGAAAAGUUACAUAAAAGAAGAGGAAGAACCUUUUGUGAACAUUCUCUUUGUUCCCAUAAAUGGCAGUAAAUCCUUCGAGCUUUCAUACCAACUCAAUAGAUUUAUUCUCACUUCUUUUCCUUUUUACCUUGACCAUUCUUUUCAAAACGUACUAAUCUGACGUUUUUCUAUCCGGAAGUAAUUCUUUAGGUUACUCGCCAGGCUGUCACCCUAGCCAGUCUACUAACACUUCUUCCCAAUACGGGAAAAAUUUAACUACAACAGCUUUAUUAUUGAUAUAAAAUUCUCUCUGAAGAUAUUCCCACAUUAAUUAGUCAUAGUAUUUUUAAUUUCAUCGCUCCACUUUUUCUAGCAGACGUCUCUUUUUUUAUAGCUUUUAAUAAUUAAAAAAGUUUUUGAUUAUCAUGUCUCGUGAUUUAAAAAUCGUUUUUUUAAUUCGACUAAUUCCCACUUUUCUCGUGACAGCUCCAUUUUCCUUCUAUUUUUAUAUAAUAUCCCUUCUUCUCUGUUUCACAGCAGCUUUAUAAACUUUCUGAAACAAAAAAGGCUCAUUCAAAAUCUAAAUAAGACCUUGAAAACCUUUAUGUAUUUUGACAUGGGGCGCAAAAAGAUCGCCACAACUCUCUCUGACACACACUAUUUCGUCGUUAUCUAGCUGCGAGAAAUACUGUAGAUCUGAGAAAGAGUUGUGGCGAUCUUUGGCGCCGCAUUGUAGAGUACUUGUAGAAUAUAAUUUGGUGACGUCUCUGCUCUGAAAUCGGUCUCGAAUUUUGCGAAGGAUGUUUUUAAAAAAUGUUAGGGUCACUUCUGACGUCUUUUCUUGAGUAAUUCUAACCCUGGCCGUGGGAUUUUGCUCUCAUUAGUUUCUAGUUUUUUGAGGUUUUCGGUCUUCCAAUAGUCUCAGUUUUGGUUUCUUUUUUGGUAGUCCCCAAUGACCAAUAACUUAGCUUGAUUAACUUUCUUAUGAAGCAUUUUAGACCCUAAUUUUGGUUUCCAUCAUCAGCAAUUAUGCUAAUAAUUUGCUUUUCCAAGCAAGCCCUCUGGUUUUUCCGUUCUUUUCAAACUAAACACAUUGGAAAUUUCUAUAAGACUGAUAUUUGACUAUAAAUAACUUUCAAGAUGAAACAACGCUUAAUUUUUCUCAGCAAAAAUGAAACAAAAAAGGCAAAAGCCACUUUUGGAAAAUUCAAAUUCAAAGAAAAAGUGCAUGAAAUCAAAACUUCUCUGAUCUCUGAUAUUUCGUUUCACUCUAAUUGAACAAUCAUGCUUGGAAAAACUUGAAAAAGUAAAAAAAUUAUCUUCUCUGUUUUUAUAGAAACGCGCAAGUCUUUUUAUGGUCGGGUACGCGCUUAGAAACGCCAGAGUGGUACCUAGAGAGGCAACUUCAAAGGCUCUUGUAGGAGACCACUGUAGGGACCACUCUAGCUGUAAAGGGGCUUAUGGGUCAGACCCUGAAUCCCUAUAACGGCCACCAGUGAACACUAUUUUUCCACUACAGGGCUUUUUUCCUUAGCCCCUUUAAUGACCACUCUGUUGCGCUUAAGUGCUCUUAAGCUUAUAGAAAAGGUACUAAACUACACCUUUUUUUUCCAAAAUUUAAUGAACCGAUGAAUUUGUCAGCGUUGGACCACUGAUCAAAACAACAAUCUUUCCGUAAUAUUUUUUUGAAGAUGUGAGAAAAAAGCCAAGGCGGGGCCGAAAACCUUGUUUUUCGAAUAUUUCAAAUGGAAAUAAGUUCGUCUGUUGUUCUGAAUGCCGGAUAUGACAUCGUACUUUUUGGAGCUUGAUAUUCAGAUUAUUUCAUCUCGUAAGCGUCUGUGUCCUUUCGGUUCUAUUCACUCAUUUCCUAGUUUUUUAAUCUUGUUUGCGAAUCUUCCAAAUGAUACUCGUUUCAUCUAUGAACUCACAAAAAUGCAGAAACUAUGCUCAUCCUCCUCUAUUUUCAAAUCUGAUGGGUUCCUUACUUAAAUCUUGAUUGCACAGUUUCCAAAAGCUAAUAUUUUUUUUUUCUGAAACUUCGAUCAUUCUCUAUUUUUUUUUAAACUGAGGGACGCAAAAGUGGUCCCUUUAGGGGCUAGAGGACAAAACAGCCUUCCCCCUAGGAGACAAAAAAAACAAUCCUUAUAGUGGUUGAGGAUCCCACCCAAGCAUUUCGCAUGGAUGGAUGCUUCUUCCCAUAGAGUUCAUGAACGUAAACGGCUAGCAUAUCACUCAUAAAACGAUUUUUGCAAGCUUUAGUGGUCUACAUAGAGGUUAAUAAAGUUAUGGACCCUAACGUUACCCCUAAAGUAACCACUCUGAAAUUCCUGAGUAGUUCCUAAGAUUCCAUUCAUUUCCAGAUAAAAAAUGGACACUUUCGAGGAAAUUUCCUGGUAUUCGCACGCCCUCGCAGCCAUAGUGGGAAUCUUCUGCAACGGCGUCUUCAUCCUAUUAAUUUUCUUCAGAACGACCCGGCCUUUGAAACCUUAUUGGUCAGUUUCCGAAGUCGAUGAGUCAGUUUCCCACCCCUACGAAGAAUCGAAGAACAAGGAAGUGAAAUUGGCUGAAACAAAGAACAGAUUUUAAGCUAACUGGAAAAUGUUCGAAAAUUAGAGAAAUGUACAGCUUGUAGUUUUAGAAAGUAAGUCAUCGCUCGUGGUUUGCUUUUCCAGCCACACUUGGAAUGGCUCACAAGGUUGAGACGAAUAAAAAAAAAGCCGUUGUUUCUGUCAAAGAGCGCAAGUCGUUUUGGGUCGGGCGAUACUCAAAACGCCGCCUUGCAGCCAUUAAGUGAUUAGCCAUUCUCAAAAAAAAUUAGCGAACUACGGUGGUUUACACCUGAAAUGGCUCCACUGCAAUAGCUGCUAUUUUUUUUCUCUCCUAUGAGUCAUAUGACGUCCAGCGCAAGUAGUUUUGGGUCGGCUGAACCGAACGUCUACGCGCAAAGCCAUUCCAAAUGCGAUCAUGGACUUUUAAGUUCAAAUUUGAAAGUUUUCAGGAUCCUUCUCUUCAACGUCGCUCUGACGGACUUUGUGAGCUCUGCAGCUUUAGGGGUUGUGAUGUCGAGGUUUUACUUUCUUCAGAACCGAUUCAAAAGUUGUGGGAAAAUUUCAGAUUACUAGUGAUUGGCGACAAUUUGGCGUACAUCUUCCACGGACCUGGAAAAUAUUUCGGCACCAAAUUGUGCUUUCUAGGUUCAUUUUUCAUCGUUUUGAAGGUUUCCUAGCUAAAAAUUUCAGCCCACUCGAUCAUGCUCCACGGCCUGAUCCACUGCAUCACCCUUACCAUAAUUUCCUUCGGAUACCGACUUUUCGUGUUGAGACACUCUUCGCCGAGCUCGCGAAACCUGUGGCUGAUAAUUUUGUUGGGCUAUUUUCCAUCUUUUCUCAUGUUUGUGAGUUUGUUUGAAGCCUUGAAAAAGAGAACUGAAAAGGAGAAAAAUGGAGUAUCGGACUCAAAAAGAGUUGAUUUUUCAAGACCAUUUCAAAACCCAGAAACAGGAAGCAACCGGUGACAUUUUUUUAGUGGGAAAGUUAAUUUAAACUUCGAAUUUCGAGGUUUUAAGCCAAGAUAUUUCUUUUUUUUUCGAGGUUUUCCUCACGCAUUUACUGAACUUCCCUACAUUCAUUCCGUUCAUUUAGUGCUACUCCGUGAGAAUGAAACAUUUUGAAAAAAUUAAGAAAAAGUCAAAAAAAAAGUUUCAGGUGACUUUCAUGUGCUCCCUGGAAACCGACACUAGAGUAAUCGAAACUCUGAAAAAACAACGAAGCGAUAUCGAUUGGAACGUCGUUUCACACGUUUUCCUAACCUCCGUCUAUGCAAUACCUCUUGGAAGUGAGCAGAAAAAAAUUCGGAAACUUACAAUUUCCGAAAAAUUCCAGGCUGUUCUUUCUAUCUGUUCAUCGUAACAACAGCCGGCUGUUUUUCGGUGAUUUUAAUCAGGAGAAAAGCGAAUUCGAUCCUGCAAAGUGCCGAUAAUUCGCUGAGUGCAACUACGAAACGAGUUCACAAAACUCUGAUGAAGGUUUGUGAGACUUACGGUAUUAUUCGUACUCAGGAACUUUGGAGUGGUCCCUAGAGGAGUUCAGAGGGAAAAACUGCCCUUAUGGGUACAAAAUAGCGCUCUUUACAUAAUGUCCACCUAUAAAUUUGAAUAAACAACUUUUUCCCGGCGAGAGUUUUGGCAUUGGUUAUUUUAUAAUAACGACGAUUACACAAAUAACGAAACGAGGAAAAAUCUACUUUGAAAAAAAUAAUAAAUUUUUUUCAAGAUUUGCAGAAAAAUUUCUUUUUUUGUGAUCCCCAAAAGUCCACUCAUAAUUUUUUUGAAGUCGCUUCUCUAGGGACCACUUCUGCGUUCCAAAGGAGAUGAUCUAGAACUUGAAAAAAGAUUUGAAAGUUAGAAAAAGAAGUAAAAUGAAAUCGAUGAAGAUUUCUAUGCUCCAGUGCCUACUUUGCAAGUGCGGCGCGGUUUCUUGGAAAAAGACCACUUUAGGGAGAUCUCUGGAGAAAAGUUAUACUGCCAAUGUGUUUGCAGAUGUUCGUCAAGCUACAGUAACGAUUGCGCGAAAAUUGAAGUUUUUAUUUAACAGCUUCUGAUUUUUUUUUUCAAGUACUUAUUCUGGCUCUAUGAAGAUUUAACUUCAAAAAUAAUAAUGAUUAGAUUUUUUCGGAAUUUAUCUAUUUUCUUCUUUCGAAAUAGUAAUUUUUUAAAUUUCCAGGCUCUUGCAGUACAAGCGUCCCUUCCCUUCCUCAUGUACAUCGCCGACCUCAACUUUUCCUACUUAUGCCUCUUCCAAGUUCAUUCUUCUCCCAUCGAAAACUCAGUUCUCAUGCUCUCGAUGGUUCCUCCAGCUCUAUCUCCGGUCAUGUCCAUCUACUACGUUCGACCUUAUCGGUUUGUCAGAGUUUGAAUCUAAAGAAGUCAAAUAAUCACUUCAGAGUGGGGCUGCAAGAAUGGGCGAAGAAACUUUUCGGAGUUUCUUCGAAGUUCGGACGGAAGCCGAUUUACUCAAUUAAUGCACUAAGCACCGUGAAUCCAGGCAUCAGUAGAAGUUUCGCUUCGGAAAUGUGA